CACCCUAUUGCUUUGAAUAGUUUUCCCAUUUGUCCUGGGCGUCUAUCGAAUGAGGCAUCUGUGCGCAGUGACACAUUUCCAACCGCGCACUCCAGAGUCCACACCUUUGGUACUCAAGUACUCAAUUCUUGUCGUCAAAUAGUAUCAUCAACCCGCUGAAACCGAAUAGAGAGUCCGCUGAAGUACGGAUUGGUAAAUUACAUUCGUCAAUUGAACGUGGCGAAGCAGGAAAGAGUCUGCAACGGACGUUUUCUCCACCUAUGAUGCUUUCUCAUGGAGAUUCAUUUUCAUUACAUACGCGGUACAAGAGACGGUUUGGGGCGAAGACCAAACAUGAAGACAUCUUUCGCGCGUAUCAUGAAUCCAUCAAGAUUCAUAAAAACAUCAGGAUCGUCGUCGACCUUUCCAGGAAUACAACAGCCGAGGCUGAGCGGUCUGUCCCUUCCGGUCAAAGCCUCAAGCUUCCGCCUACCACUUCCGACAUAUCCCAGGACUGUCCUCGGAAAGACUGGCGUCGGCAAGUCGUCACUGAUCAGCGACGCAUUUGGAGUGGAAAAAGAGAUCGUUGCGCACGAUAAGCCAGGCGAUGCCACCAUCGACGAUGAGUUCAUCUCAUCUCAGAACGACAGGUCUGUUCUCCACGAUAGCAAAGGUUUCGAACCAGGGGACGAAGACAACCUCAAAAUAGUCCAAGAUUUCGUCGGCCCCGAUCUGGCGGCGCGCGCAAUUGGAAGAAGCGAACGAGAUGGUUUUGUUGUGGGGUAGGAUUAAUAUUCAUUCUCAGACCGUCGUUGAACUGAUCCAUGUGUAGGGUGGUGGAAUAAAUGGACGAGGCGUUUU